UGUGGUACAAUCAAGGAAGGUUGACCAGGCUUUUUAUUCCUAGAAGCUUCACAAGGCUGUUAUCCACUAGAACACAAGUGACAGUUCCUCAGUUCCUCAGCCACCAAUACACAUCAUACCAAGACAAUAGCUCGGUUUCACACAGCUGCUAAUAAUUUUGGGAUUUAUCAUAAUCAUACAAAUCCAGCAAAAAGAAUUGCUUUUGAUUAUUGAUUGAAACUUAUCCAUUAACCAUGGAUACUGCUUUCAAGACUUGGGGUAAGUAAAACUCCUGGAUCCCGCACCCCCCACCUUCCCUGCUACUGCUCCCCCCACCCUCUCCCCUCCUCUCCCAUCCCUCAUUGUCCCCGCUAAUCAGCUUACCAAAAACAGAGCUUGACAACAAUGUCCAGCUCGUGGACCCCAACCGCGACGCCCUCUACACCUACGACCCCAAAGAACAGAGAGCCAUCCAGGAUGCUAAACCAUGGAAAACCGACCCUCACCACUUCAAAAAUGUCCGGAUAUCCGCUGUCGCUCUUCUGAAAAUGGUUAUGCAUGCCCGCUCAGGAGGUUCUAUCGAAGUUAUGGGUUUAAUGCAGGGAAAGAUUGCGGGUGAUACUAUCAUCGUCACAGAUGCAUUCCGCCUGCCUGUCGAAGGGACGGAAACUAGGGUAAAUGCUCAAGACGAAGCGAAUACAUACAUGGUCGAGUAUCUACAACACUGUAGAGACCAGGGCAAGUUAGAGAAUGCUGUAGGCUGGUAUCAUAGUCACCCAGGCUAUGGAUGUUGGUUGAGUGGCAUUGAUGUCGGGACGCAAGCUACGCAACAGAUGUUUUCGGACCCUUUCCUCGCUGUGGUUAUUGAUCCCGAUCGCACUAUCUCUGCUGGGAAAGUCGAGAUCGGAGCAUUCAGAACUUAUCCUGAUAAUUACAAACCUGCGGAUGCAGGGUCUGGAGACGGAUAUCAAACGAUUCCGCUUGCAAAAAUUGAAGAUUUUGGUGCACACAGCAGCCGAUAUUACUCUCUGGAGGUCUCACAUUUCAAGAGUUCAUUAGACACGCAUCUUUUGGAGUUAUUAUGGAACAAAUAUUGGGUUCAGACAUUGAGUCAAAGUCCUUUAUUCACCAACCGCGAAUACAGCAGCAAACAGAUGCUCGACUUGAGCUCCAAGAUUCGGCAAGCUAGUUCUGGUAUUAUCCGUGGUGGGAGAACGCCUGCUGGAUCAUCGUUAAGUAAAGGAAUGGAUCAACAACUAAUGAAGGUAGUCAAGGAUAGUAGCAAGAUUGCCGGCGAAGAGAUGACGGGCUUGAAGGCUGGCGAAGUUAAGGCACAGCUGUUCAAUGGUUUAGGCGAGGCACCGAAGGCCACAGCUGCCCCACUUGCUCCAACGGUGACGGCCGCAGAAUAAUGCUUUUUGCAGACACGCAAUAUUUGGUAGCAAAAACUGCUAGGCGUAUGGUUUAGUGAUGGCGUUUGAGGUCUAAAAUAUAAGGAGGCCACAGUAGUUUAGAGUGGAGAGAAACGAAGUUAUGAUACAAUUCAUCAACAUGAUACAUAUUAUUAUUUU